AGGGGGGACUCUUUGGACCCCCUGCACCCCCAAGCAGAGAAUAAGGGGAGGAGGGACCAUGGGAAUCCAAAAAAACCCAUCUUUCCUAAAUGAGGAGAUGGAAAUGGGAGGAAGUUUUUGGAUUUCUGGCACUCCCAGCAACCUGGGGUGGGCAGGGACAGACAGAGCAGACAGGGGACCCCCAGUACAAGCGUGACCUGCAGCAGCUGGGACAGGGAGGAACCCCUGAACAGCAAAGGGGAGAGAACAGAGAUGGGGAACUUCUGGGAGGCAUUUUCAGGGCUGCAUCUUGGUGUUUGGGACGUUUUUAUGGACCCCAUAUGCCCGGUGACUUCUAGAGAUGAACUUGAGUCAAGGGACUUUCAAACUGAAGAUACUCUUCUCCCGUUUUACCUAAACCAGGAUUUCCUAUUCCCAAACCUUGGUCAGAUGGAGAAGGAGGCUGUGAGGAAGAGGAAGAUGCCCCAGGACACCCAGGCAGACAAGGAGCUGAGGAUGGAGACCAGGGAGGACAAAUCUCCACAGCAGAACCUGGUGGAAGAAGCCUUUUUGAGCAGCUCCACAGUGCAGGAAUCCAAUGGGGAGGAAAAGCUCCGGAGAUCCCGCAGGAGGAGGGGCUCCAAACCCAGCCCAGGGUGCUCUGAGGAGGAAAGACCCACCCUGUGCCGGGAAGGUGGCCGGAGAUCCAGCCGGGGCUCUGAGCUGGUGGUCCAUGAGCAGCUUCAGGAUGGGGAGAAGCGCUACAAGUGCUUGGAGUGUGGGAAGGGCUUCAGCUGCAGCUCCGAACUCAUCCGUCACCAGCGCAUUCACACUGGGGAGAGGCCCUACGAGUGUCCUGAGUGUGGGAAGAGGUUUCAGACCAGCUCCCAUCUCCUCGAGCAUCAGCGAAUUCACACGGAUGAGAGGCCCUUCCACUGCCCCGACUGUGGGGAGGGCUUCAAGCACAACUGCAACCUCAUCAGGCACCGGCGCAUCCACACUGGAGAGAGGCCCUACGAGUGUGGGGAAUGUGGGAAGAGCUUCAGCCGGAGCUCCAGCCUGAUCUGUCACCAGAGGACCCACACUGGGGAACGGUCCUACAAGUGUGGGGAGUGUGGGAUGACCUUCAUCCGGAGGUCCCAAAUGACCAUCCACCAGAUGAUCCACACUGGGGAGAGGCCCUAUGAGUGUCCCGAGUGUGGGAAGGGGUUUCAGACCAGCUCCAAUCUCCUCCUGCACCAGCGGAUUCACACGGAUGAGAGGCCCUUCCGCUGCCCUGAGUGCAGGAAGGGCUUCAAGCAGAACUCCAACCUCAUCAGGCACCGGCGCAUCCACACUGGGGAGAGGCCCUACGAGUGUCCCCAGUGUGGGAAGAGCUUCACCCAGAGCUCUCACUUGACCAGACACCAACGGAGGCACCGGUAAGGGAAGCCCUGCGAGUGCCCCAAGUGGAGGAAGAGCUUCGUGUGCUGCCCCAGCUCCAUCCCCCAUCAGAGGACCCACGUUGGGCAGGACCUGAUGACCCACGUUCCCAGUGAUCUGUGUUGGCAACACACUGGGCUGGUGGUCAUUCUAGUUUGGUUCUAUCUUUUGAUUCAUUUGCAUUCCUGGAAAACAGACAAAACGGGCAAAAUCUAUGACUUCAUCAAAGGCAUCUAAAGCAUCACUUUUCACUAGUGCUUUAAGGGAAUCUGGGAUUCAAGGAGAUACUUGGGAGUAUUUGGGGAUUUUGGGAAUAUUUGGUGGAGUUGUCUCCAUUUCUUGGCACUCAAAGAGCCUAGAGGCUUUGAUCUGUCACCUCAAAACCACUCAAUGCCACUGAAAACUACUCAGUCCCACCCAAAAUUACUGGAUUCCACAGCCACUCAGGAUGUGAUGUCUUAAGUUUUAGCUUUCAUAUUUUUCAUAUUCUGCACUGUCCAGGUUUGUAGUUUUGAACUUCAUAUUAAGUCUUAGUGAGCUCUCUUCACAGAGUAGGUAGACAAAACAAUUCCUUUUCUAGCUUGAUACCAAGGACAAUUGUUACAAGUUUCAGGCCCAAAAGCAUAAACAAGGGUAGACUGAAGAGAGAAAACAAGAAGGAUGGGACUUGAUCAUCUGAAGCUGCAAUUGGACAAUGAACCCAAAUAUGCAGAUGGACCUAAACUUCUAAAAAUGUGAGACCUCAUGAUCAGUUGUCCAUUUUUUUGACCAUUUUUGGUCCAUCUUGGUGUAGCCCUGGCCAGGCUCUUGUGCUGCUCUAGAUGUAUCAUUUAAGGCCCUUUAAUAAACUUUAUUCUUAACUUUG